AUGUACGGACGACCGGUUCAAGACGUUCUAGAGGACAUCGAAACAUACGGUAGAAGAGCCAGAGAGGAUGACCGUUUGAGGGUCGAAGGUAUCUUCGUCGAUGAGACGGUGAAUUUGUACUCAGAAGAGGCUAAGAAGUACCUCGAUGCUAUCGAUCGCAGAGCGCGAACUCUUAUUGGUGUCGUCGAGAACAAAAUGGCAAGUCUGAACAUUUUCUUAAACGAGACCGAGCAAUCCGAGCUGAUAACGCCCAAGAUGAUUCAUAAUCCUGGUACAGCAGUAAGCGCUGAGCUUGCAGCACCUGGACCCGAGAUCACGGUGGUUGUAGAAACAUCCUACGAGGAAUUUAUGACUGAAGGAUACCAGGAGUGGCUUUCUACUUCGCCGUACAAGCGUGCUCGAACUGCGUACAUAGUACAUUCUGUUCCACAAGGAGAGGUGAAGGCUCUAACGAUAGCGCUUUGCGAGCGAGCAGAGUAUCUGUUUGUAACAAGUGCGUUCUGCGGCUUCUACGAGAGUUUCGCUGGAAGCUGGCAUGACUUUGUCGCAUCGCUAGCGGAGCGGCGAAAGUAA